GACGGGAACACGAUAUAUAGACAGGCACCAUAUAUGAGACGUAAUAAUUAACGUUAGAUAGUGCGGCUUUAAAACGGGUUAUCGCAAUACCUGUCAAUUCUGUCAGACUGUCAGCUACAAACGAGGAGCUGAGCGAAAUACUUUAUGAUGAUAAACACGUCAAUGUCACUCUAAACACGUGAACUGUGCUGCCCUUCACGAGCAACAGACCGCUGGAUUGAGUUCAUUGAUUCGCAGAGCUGUCGAUUCAGUCUCUGUUUUCAGAUGAAACGUCUGUAAGAGCUUUGCAGGGCAGGUGUUGUCACAGCUUGCAAGUCACACAGCCUUAACUCAGGAUGCACCCUGAUUUGUCGCCCCAUCUCCAUACUGACGAGUGCAAUGAACUCAUAACACUUCUCAAACAGUGCCACAAGGAGCAUAAUGUCCUCAAGUUCUUUGGCGCGUGUAAUGAUGUGGACCGUGCAAUGCGGAAGUGUCUUAAGAAAGAGUAUCAGGCGAAGAGGGAGCGCAGCAAGGCUCACGCUGAAGAAAUGAGACGGCGUUUAAAAGAACAACCGACACCAAACCACCCAUAGAAUCAAACCUCGUCCACCCCCUCGGAGAACAAAGCUACUACAGACGUGGACUUGUUUCUGGUGUCGGGGUGCGCGGACGCUUUAAACCUGGAAUGCUUUUCUGUGAGGAUGAAUUAAUGAUGACCCUUACGGUAAAUAAGGUGGUAGAGUACGUUUAAGACGAAACGUAACUUUAUUUAAUGAUGUUUAAUUGCAGGCCGUGAGCUUUAUCCCCAAUUAAAAAGUUUAAAGUGAA